GAACAAACCAUGGAGUUGUAACUCCAUGAACAAACUGUGUUAGCUGCUUUGCUCUCUAGCUCUGCACGUCUAUGAAGAGAGAGUUGACCAUUUUAAAUGUUGAGUUUUCUGUUCUGCUGCCACAAAUAGAUUGAUCCAACCUAUUCUCAAACGUCAGCUUAGCAUAUUAUGAGCUUAUUUAGGAAGGCCGAGGGGGCCGGGACGUUUAACUCGAAUCCAAAUACUUGUCUUGUCUAGAGACUAUUGCAUUCAUAAUUAGCAACACAUGCAGACAGUUUUAUGUUUCAUGUUGACAAGCGCUGUGCCGGUGCCUGAGGCUGAGGAACACUUCUUUGUAUGGUCUAUUGACUGUGCACCUAUUGGUUGAGCCUACCGUUCAGCACCGUCCAGAGAAAAUGGCGCCCACCUUAUCCAUGCGAGAGAAAUAUAAAUCUAAACAUACGAUGGUGUGUCUACUGCGUGCUGUAGUUGGCCGCAUCACAACUGUGGAACUCCGAAACGAAUGCUCAGCGACUGGCUAUGUGGUUGAUGUUGAUGGAUUCAUGAAUGUUACAAUGUCUAAAGUCCUGUUUGUCAAUAUGGAUGGGGAGAAGACGCACAUGGACUCCAUCUUCAUUCAGGCAAGCCUCGUCCGCUACGUGCAGAUUCCCGAUGACAUCAACAUGGUGAAAGCUAUGAAGAAAGAGCUUAUGAUGAUGAAUCCUCGAAGACCACUGCCGGGGAGCAUGGCUGGAGGUCGCAAGAAACCACCAUUAAAGCUCUGUGACUGAAUAAAAAACUUCUUUGGGACAAGCAAAAUCCUGAGUGACUUUGCGGAUCUACACUUAU